CUGCGAACGACAACUCCUCAGCCUUAGUGAUCUCCCAUAUGCAGUUGAAUUCUUUGAGCCUCGACUCCAGCUGACCUUAAAUACCGCCAUAAGACACGUCUCAAUAUUGCCUACCUGACGUUUGUCUUUUCUCAUUCAACGCUCACUUGGCCCGUCAGCCGACCCCUCCACCCCGUGGUGCGCUCUGGAGAUGCAUCAACAACAAGCUGCCGACUCCUGGUAUUGAACAAUUCAUACCAGCAUCCAGCCGUGUUGCCGAGCCCUCCUCCUGAUCAAAUCCGUACAUACUUCGAUUCGCCUACAAACGACCCACCUGUUUACGAACGUUCGUCUUGCGCUCUUUCCAUCAUGACGUCCGCUAUAAACGAUGACGAAUUGUCAAUAUCCCUCCCUCAACAUGAUCAGUCUCGGUCAAAGCCCAACCUGCCUCCUGUGGUCUCGCCUCCUGCACGACCGAGCCUUAGUCAGACACCGAUAGCAGAAUCCCCAGCCACUGCUCGAGCUAUGAAUCGGCUACAUCAAUACAGCUUUGUGCGCAACAUUGGGGAGGGCUCGUUUGGCAAGGUUAAGCUGGCAAGGCACAAAAUUACUGGUCAAGAAGUUGCCAUGAAGACAAUCAAUCGCAGAAAACUGAUAAGCCGAGACAUGGCGGGUCGUAUCGAAAGAGAGAUACAAUACUUACAGCUACUGCGCCAUCCACACAUUAUCAAACUGUAUACAGUCAUCACGACCAAGACCGACAUCUACAUGGUUCUCGAAUAUGUGCCCAUGGAGUUGUUUGAUUACAUUGUCAAACACGGUCGAUUGGGAGAAGCAAAGGCUCGAAGGCUCUUCCAACAAAUCAUAUGUGCUGUCGAAUACUGCCACCGACACAAGAUCGUGCACAGAGAUCUGAAGCCGGAGAACCUCCUACUAGACAAGAACAUGAAUGUCAAGAUUGCAGAUUUCGGCUUGAGCAACAUCAUGACGGAUGGCAACUUUCUCAAGACGAGUUGUGGUAGUCCGAACUAUGCAGCACCUGAAGUUAUUGGCGGAAAGUUGUAUGCAGGCCCGGAAGUCGACGUUUGGUCUUGUGGAGUCAUUCUCUAUGUAUUCCUUGUUGGUCGCCUCCCUUUCGACGAUGAGUUUAUUCCCGCUCUCUUCAAGAAGAUCCAAGCCGGAACAUUCCAUAUCCCCUCUCAAACACCACCCGGUGCGGUAAACCUCAUCAAGCGCUGCUUGCAAGUCCACCCCGUUCAUCGUAUCACGAUUCCUGAAAUUCGACAAGAUGAAUGGUUCAAGAAGGAUCUUCCAGCUUACUUAGUGGAGCCGGUGGAAGAAUUUCUCGAUACAGGCGUCGACCCCUCCAAGGCUAUUGAUCCUCGCCAGCUGGCUCCAGGAAAGCCGCCCGAGGUUGUGGAACGAAUCCACGAGCAAGUCAUCGGUAAGCUCGGUCGUACGAUGGGGUAUGCUAAAGAAGAUGUCAAGGAUGCUUUGAGCAAAGACGAGCCAAGUGCUAUCAAAGAUGCCUAUCUUAUUGUCCGGGAGAACCAAUUGAUGGUCGAAACAUCGGAAUUUCGUGCCCAGAAUCCUGAUCUCGAAUCAUUCAUGGCUUCGUCUCCUCCUGGAGAACCCAACUUUCCUAUUCUCACCGGAUCGCCCAUGGCCAAUGGCCGGAAUUUUGGAGACGAUGUGAAGCCCCUGACACCUACCAACGGCGAAGGGCAUCGUACGAGUCGCGCAAUGUCAGAGACACCGUCAAUUCAGAAAGAGGAAGAGAAGCCUCGUAUCUCGAAUGUUCGAGUCUUGAAUACGUCACUGCCGCAUGUCCAUGAAGAGCUGCUCCAGAUCCGGGACAAGGCUAAGGCGAGAGGAGAUGACCCGGAUAUGAUCCUGCAUCCUUCUCAAGAUCCAAACAAAGAUGAUGCCGAGAGCCCAAUUCCCGAAGAAAUCAAAGACGAACAAGGAAACCCAAUCUACCGUUCUAAAGAAGAGCAAGAAGCGACGUCGCGGGCACUCAAGCCGCACUCGAGAUCCGUCACUGCCCUCAACAGUCUGCGGGAGCCCAAACCUCGCCCAGAAGGCAUGACUGCUAUACCGCCAGACGAGAAAGAUAAACGACCUUCAACGUCGAGAUCCAAACCGCGUAAAUGGCAAUUUGGCAUUCGGUCGCGUAACGCGCCUUACGAAGCCAUGAAGUGCCUUUACUCGGCUCUUAAAGCCCAAGGGGCCGAAUGGGAGGUCAAUCCUUGGCUCAAGGUACAAGUCGAAGGUGCUGACGGCGAGGACGAACAAGACAAGGGUCCAGCACCGCCGGUUGAACUAGGGCCAGGUGAACGUCAUGCCAUUCUCCAGCAGAAAUAUUCAUGGCUGAAAGAUGACUACUACGUGCCUCGCGACCCCUGGAACAUCCGAGCUCGUGUACUGAAGAAAGGCAUGCUAAUGCCAGGCGAAGCUCCUUCUAUUUCGGCCCACAGUUCUGCUGUCAGUCUGCCCGCAGAGCCUCAAAAUCAGCUCAAGAAGCAUAUUGAGCAGCUCGGCGGGUAUGCGUCGGACGAUGUGGCAAAAGCUCUUGGUAUCAAGAAUGGUGAUAUACCAGGGUCAUCAAAAUCCCCCCAUGGCAGUGCUCAAAGCACCAGACCUAGCACGAGCAUGGGCGACCUUGGGACCCAAGGACAAGAAUCAUACACGGGGCCGGGACAGCAUGCCGUGAGAAAUGACAGCCAAUCCACGUUGAACAAGAAGCUCCCCAGCGAGAAUAUAGCAGUCUGGGUAUUUAUCGACAUUCAGUUGUACACGCUUGAAAGCGGGACUUAUGUGGUCGAUUUCAAAUGUGACGGCUACCAAAAUGCCAUCUGGCACGAUUUGAAGAAGGACAAAGAUCGUAUCAAGACUCCCAAUAGCGGUAGCAACGUCGCCAGUCCCUCUAACAGCCGGCCCACAAGUGGAUUUUCCGAAAAUCAUCGUACUGGGUCUGAGCAAUGGGACGAAGGAGCACCAGAAGGGUACUGGAAACCUGUGAGCAAACGAUAUAGGAAUGUUGAGAAGGAAAUCUCCAGUCCCUAUCCGUACCUUGACGUGGCCAGUGACCUGGUUGCUCAAUUGUGGGGUGGCAAUACCUAAAGUGUGGUGAUGAUGAUUUUCAUGUAUGAUUUGUUUGAUACCAACUCACGGGCGAAGGACGGUCUAUGCAAGGGAGUCGACGUAUGGCUCUAUGGUUGGGUUAGGAGUUUGGGGUUUUGUUUUCCCAAGUUCGGCGGCAUUUGAAUGGAGUUGAUCCUGACUCUUGAACAUGCAAAGGGAAAAUUGCACGACUGAAUCAAAACCAUGGGAUAUGCCUAGCAGAAUCUGAGGGCAGCAAGUAUAUUUACGAAGCUCUGCCAGGAAGGAAUGAAUCCAUGUAGUUCUUGAUAGAACCAAUGAUGAAUGACAUGAACGUUUAGA